UGUUUGGCUCCGAAAAGCAGGAAAGCCCCCGGCAUCGGAUCCUCCAUUCGCGUUGAAACCCCGUCUUGAAGAGCCGAGCCGUCAAACCCCGGAGCCGGCCGUAGCACAGAUCCGCGCCGCCCCACAAUGACCGAGAAACUUCACUUCCCCCCUGAAGAGGCACUCAAACUCGAGCCUCAUCUACCUCCACCUCUCCACCAGGAUGCGAACACCACCGGAGGCGACGACCUCCCCUUCGUAACCCUCACCUUCGCUACCUCCCUCGACUCCUCCCUCGCCCUCGCCCCGGGUGUCCGCACCGCCCUCUCGGGCCCGCAGUCCAAGGCCAUGACGCACUUCCUCCGCAGCCGCCACGCUGCCAUCCUAGUCGGCGCCGGCACCGCCAUCGCCGACGACCCGGGCCUGAACUGCCGCCUCGCCCUCCCGCCCGGCGCCGGCGCCGGCCACCAGCCGCGGCCCAUCGUGCUCGACCCGAGCGCGCGCUGGCCCGUCGGCGACGAGACCAGGGUCCUGCGGCUGGCGGGCGAGGGCGCCGGCCUGGCGCCCUUCGUUAUCGCACGCCGGGACCGGGCCGCCGCGGUGGCGGCCGAGAGGAGGGAGGCGCUAAAGAGGCGAGGCGGGAAGUACAUCUUCCUGGAGCCGUCAGGGGGCGGCGGCGGCGGCGGCGGCCGUUUCGCCUGGGCGGACGUCCUCCGGGCGCUGGCGCGGGAGGGCCUGGGUAGUGUCAUGGUCGAGGGCGGGGGCCACGUCAUCAACUCGCUCCUCGAGGGGCCGAACAGCGGCUUCGUCGACUCGGUCAUCGUCACUAUUGCGCCGACAUGGCUGGGGAAGGGCGGCGUUGUGGUUUCUCCCGACAGGGCUGACGAGUCGGCCGCUGCGGUUCGGCUCACUGGUGUGUCGUGGCACCCGCUGGGGGAGGACGUUGUCAUGUGCGGAAAGCUGCUCCAAUAGAAUACGGGCCGUGAACCGGCGUUGAUUUCUUCAUACAUGGAGUAUUUCACGGCGAAAUAGAAUUCUUGCAAAACAGCGAAGAGAAUAAGACAGGAACCUAUGUUCUUACUCAAGGCAGGGUAUCAUGA